AAUUAUUUUAAUUGUGUGUUAAUUUACUUAUUACCAUUGCCUUUCAUAUUCUAAUUGAUUUGUGUUCAACUUUAAUUAAGUUUCUAUCUGUUAAGUCUCUUUGGUUGAAUCAAUUAAUAGCAAUAGUUUUCCUGGUUGACUCAUUUUUUUUUGAGCUCUCAAUGUUAACUGGCGGCUUAAUUGUCUGUGGAAAUUUUUCUUGUGAAUAUAUUAAAUUAACUGUAGAAAAUCAUGGUCUUCAUUCAAAUACCUUCACAAUUUAGUGAUGAGGAGAAAUCAUUACAACAAAAAUACGCUAAAUUAAAGCGAAAAAAGAAGCUAUUGAUUCAACAUAAAACUCCCAAAGUAGAAAAACCUGAAGUAACCGCUCAAACUGUUCUUAAAAGAGCCGCUGAAUCAUCUAAACAAGAUGCCAAAGAGGUUGCAAAGAGGUUACUCAAAUCAGGAGCAAUUAAAGUCGCCAAACCACCGGAUAAGGAAAGAGAAGGUCAAGGUUUUAAACGAUCUAAAUCAUUAGCUCGAAAACGAAUCGGUGCCGAUAAACCAGCCGGAUUUAAGCCUUUCCAACCCGAUCCAGAAAGAGAAGCUCUUCCAAGUACCGGAUUUUCAAUCGCUCCAAAAUCAGGCAACUCAAGCUUUGGAAAUUCAUCUUCAUCAGCUUCUUCCGGUGGUUCCAGUGGAUCAGGAGGAGGAUCAGGGGGUGGACAGGGAGGUCCAUCCAAUUCUUGGGGUGUAAUUGCCGCAAGUUACAAUAGAAGAGGAGAACAGCCAACCGAUGGAUCUGAUCAACGAGAAAUCCUCAGUUACGAUGAUCUAUGAUUCAAUUCUUAAUCCACCUAAUCAAUGACAAAUUUAGAAACUAUUUUUUUCACUCUAAUGAUGUUUUCUCAUCAUUAAUACAAAUCAACUAAAAAUUCCGAGUGAUGAAACAAUCACAAUGACAUAAAACUCGUACAAAUGAACAACAAUUUAAAGAAAUAGUUUUUUAUUGUUACGAUAACUGUUUGAUUGUCAAUCAAACAAAUAUUGUAUAUAUAAAGAUAAUUAACAUAACAAUUGUGCAGAUAAA